AGGAAAGGAAGGGAAGGAGGAAGGGAAAGGAGAGGAGAGGAAAGGAAGGAGGGGAGGAAGGAAGGAGGAGCUGAGGCGGCCGCGCACGGACCGGCGGGACCCGCCACGGGAGAUCCUGCGCGGCUCCCGGCGCUGCCAGCCAUGCUCACGGCGGGAUGAAGCUGCAGGCGGUGGUGGAGCAGCUGCAGAAGCAGCAGCAGCAGCAGCAGCAGCCAGCGGCUCCCAUGGAUUGCCGGGAGCGCCAGGUGCCCUUCCCAAAACCGCCCUUCCCCGCCCAGCCCCGCGCCGGCCCCGCCACCAUGGCACCCGCUGUCCCCUUGGGCUGUCACCCCCCUCCUGCCAGCCGGCCCGAGCACAGCGCCAGGAACUCCGAGGAGGAGGAGGAUGAAGAUGACGAGGAUGACGAUGAGGAGGAGGAUGAAGAAGACGGCAGCGAGCUGGAGGUGCCCUCCCGGGAAAGCUGCUCUGCCCUCAAGUAUUUCCGUGCUCCCAAAGCCAGCCAUGCCAACCAAAGAGUGGCCUCCAGCCCCGGGGCAGCCCUGGGCCACCAGCAGGGCAGGGAGGAGCAGGGCAAGGACUCUGGCAAACAUCCCGGAGCCACGGCGGGGCGGCCAGGCUGGCGCCUGGAGGAGCAGCUCAAACAGAACGGCAGCGUGAGCUGGAGCGACGACGGCGACGGGGGCCGGGGCAGGGAAAUCUCCCGAGACUUUGCCAAGCUCUAUGAACUGGACAGUGAUCCUGAGAGGAAGGAAUUCCUGGAUGACCUCUUCAUCUUCAUGCAGAAGAGGGGAACUCCCAUCAACCGGAUCCCCAUCAUGGCCAAGCAGAUCCUGGAUCUCUACAUGCUCUACAAGCUGGUGACUGAGAAGGGAGGGCUGGUGGAGAUCAUCAACAAGAAGAUCUGGAGGGAGAUCACCAAAGGCCUUAACCUGCCCACCUCCAUCACCAGCGCCGCCUUCACCCUGCGCACGCAGUACAUGAAGUACCUCUACGCCUACGAGUGCGAGAAGAAGUCCCUGAGCUCCCCGGCCGAGCUUCAGGCCGCCAUCGACGGCAACCGGCGCGAGGGCCGCCGGCCCAGCUACAGCUCCUCCAUGUUCAGCUUCUCCCCCUCCACACCUGGGCCUCCCUCCCUGCUGUCCCCUCCCAAAAUCCGCUUUCCCAUCAUCGGUGUGGCGCCGGGCAGCGGCAGCAGCAGCGCCCGCGUGGCGCCGGCCGUCAGGAAAGGUGACAGCGUCCCCCUGAGCGUGUCCAUGCCGAGCCGCAUCCAUGCCGUGCCGGUGGCCCUGGCUGGCCAGCAGGGGGCCGUGGCAGCCAGGACGGCCACGCUGGAGCAGCUGCGGGAGCGGCUGGAGGCGGGAGAGCCCCCGGAGAAGAAGGUGCCACGCAUGACGGACGAGGAGCAGCGGCUGGUGCAGCAGGCGCUGCAGCGCAACCUGUUCAGCAUGGCCCGCCAGAUCCCCAUGAAGAUCAAAAUCAACGGCAAGGACAAGGGUGACUCAGCAGCGGCGCUGAACCUGUCCCCAAACGGCAUCGGCAGCAUCAACAUGUCUGUGGAGAUCAAUGGCACCACCUAUGCUGGGGUGCUGUUUGCCCAGAAGCCCGUGGUGCAGCUCCUGGCCGGCUCGGGCAUGCAGAGCUCGUGCAGCAGCAGCAGCUCCAGCAGCAGCUCCAGCAGCAGCUCCAGCAGCUCCCACUGCUCCCCCAGCCCUACCUCAUCGAGGGGCACAGAGCCCUCCACCAGCUGGUCCCUCUGACGGGCACGCCCCGCCCCGGGAGUGCACACAUACCUCAUCUCAAGGAACCUGCUCUCGUGGCUGCCCAGGAGGAGGAGGAGGAGGAGGAUGAUGAUGUGGUGGUGGUGAAACCUUUCCAUGCCAGCGAGUUUUCCUUCAUUGUCUCUUUGUCCAGCCUGGUUUUGCUUUGUUGCCCCCUUUUCCUUUCUCCCUUGUGCUCUUUGUUUCCUCCUCCUCCUCCUCCCGGGUUUGUGGUGUUCCCGUGGAGGGGGGGCACACCCGGCGUUUCUCAAUCAGGGAUGGGCUCCAGGCGUGGCCAGGACGUCACCAGGGCAGGGAAAGGGCCGGGGCUGGGGCUGGGAAUCCUGGUCCUGCUGGAACCAGGAGCCCCCAGGGCUUUUCCCAGCCCCAACUCCGUGUUUUGACAAUCCUGAGAGCCGGGGGUGCCUGGCCCUGUGGCAAUAUUCUGCUGUUCCUUCCUGCUAUGUCCCCAUGUGAUGGUUCUGGCACCAUCAGCUGCUCGGUCCUGGCUGGUGCCACCUCACCCCUUGAGCCCUGAGUGUCCCCUGAGGAGUGAUAGCUCCGUGUCCCACCCCUCUUGUGUUGGUCCAGGCUCCCUGGAGCAGCUCUGGAAGCUCUGCAGGGCUGCUGGUGGGAUCCAGCUGAAUGGAGGGGGGGUUAGUUUGAGGAUUUGG